UAGAGAUAUUGGAAUCUGGAGAGUCAGUGAGAUAGAGAAAAUACAAGGGGAGGCAAAUUAAGUGACAGUUUCUGGACUGUACUGUCGGACCACGUACAUAAACUGGAUUAUUGUAACUUUUCAUCCAGCACAUUUGUGUUAACAGCAUUAUUUUUCUUAACUGCAUUGCUGCAUCUUUCCAACUAGAUGAACUGGGAUAGUUGGAGAUCUCACUUCGACUCAUCCACUGAUGCCCAUAGCCCUCGUCAGAGGACAGAGGGGAAGUGAGCAGUGCUGGGUCACCCAUGGCUCCUGUGAUGGGAAGCCGCCUUACAGGGAAUCUGCUGUUCCUACAGGGAGUGCUUGUGCUGCUGGCAGGGGGGUGGACCAGGAGAGCGGCAAGCUGGGAUCACGACUUGAAGUGUCACAGAGCUGAGCACCCAGUCAUCACACAUGCAGAAAUAGAGCCUUGGCUUCACAAGUUCAGAGAUGAGAAGACAGUGGAUUAUUCCCAGUUAACUUUUGACCCAGACCACAGUGAACUUAUUGUUGGCGCGAGGAACCAUCUCUUUAGGCUACAUCUGGAGGACCUGUCACUGAUCCAGGAGGAGGAAUGGGAGUGUGACGAGUUUACUAAGAGAGCGUGUUUCAGUAAAGGCAAAUCAGAGGAAGAAUGCCAGAACUACAUCCGUGUUCUUCUUGUAAACGGAGACAGACUCUUUACCUGUGGAACCAAUGCAUUUACACCCAUUUGCACCAAUCGCACGUUGACAGACUUGACAGAGAUCCACGAACAGAUUAGCGGUAUGGCUCGGUGUCCCUAUAGCCCUCAGCACAACUCUACUGCUUUGAUUACCUCGAAUGGAGAGCUGUAUGCAGCCACUGCCAUGGAUUUCCCUGGAAGAGACCCAGCCAUCUACCGUAGCCUGGGUGGACUUCCGCCUCUCCGCACUGCGCAGUACAACUCAAAAUGGCUCAAUGAGCCCAUUAUUGUUUCUUCUUACGACAUUGGAAAUUUCAUCUAUUUCUUCUUCCGGGAGAAUGCGGUAGAACAUGACUGUGGCAAGACCGUCUUCUCACGUGCAGCUCGAGUCUGUAAGAACGACAUUGGGGGCAGGUUUCUCUUAGAAGACACGUGGACCACUUUCACAAAAUCCCGUCUGAACUGCUCCCGGCCUGGAGAAAUCCCUUUUUACUACAACGAACUGCAGGGCACCUUCUUCUUACCAGAGCUUGAUCUCCUGUAUGGGAUCUUCACCACUAACGUGAACAGCAUUGCCGCCUCAGCAGUGUGUGUUUUCAAUCUGAGUGCAAUUACCCAAGUGUUCAACGGGCCAUUCAAAUACCAGGAGAACUCACGCUCUGCAUGGCUGCCUUAUACCAAUCCCAACCCUGACUUCCAGUGUGGCACCAUAGACCAUGGAGUGUACAUGAACCUGACAGAGAGGAACCUACAGGAUGCCCAGAAGUUCAUCCUGAUGCAUGAAGUGGUCCAGCCAGUCAUUCCUAUUCCCUACUUCAUGGAGGACAAUAGCCGCUUCUCGCAUAUUGUGGUGGAUGUUGUACAGGGCAAAGACAUGCUCUUCCAUAUCAUUUAUCUUGCAACAGACUAUGGCACCAUCAAAAAGGUCCUCUCUCCACUGAACAAUUCAGUGAUGAGUAGCUGCUUGCUGGAUGAAAUUGAACUUUUCCCGCCUGGACAGAGACAACCCAUCAGAAGCUUACAGAUUUUGCACAGUCAGAGUAUUCUAUUUGUGGGCCUCUGGGACCAUGUGAUAAAAAUCCCUCUCAUGCACUGCACUUUCUAUAAAACCCGCAGUGCCUGUGUUGGAGCGCGGGACCCCUACUGUGGCUGGGACCUAGUGCUGAAGAAAUGCACAACCCUGGAUGAGAGUCUUAGCAUGAGUCAAUGGGAGCAAAGCAUCACAGAGUGUCCGUCAAAGAAUGUGACCAUUGACGGGCACUAUGGAGCUUGGUCACUAUGGAAACCUUGCAGCCACACUGAUGACAAUAGUGUUGGUUCCUGCCACUGCAGGAGUAGAUCCUGUGACAGUCCAGCCCCACAGUGUGGUGGUCAGCUGUGUGAAGGCCCAAGCAUGGAAGUCGCCAACUGCUCCAGGAAUGGAGGCUGGACACCUUGGACUGUUUGGUCUCCCUGCAGCACUACUUGUGGGAUCGGCUUUCAGGUUCGGCAGCGCUCCUGCAGUAACCCAAGCCCUCGACAUGGAGGACGAGUCUGUGUGGGCCAAAACAGGGAGGAGAGAUACUGCAAUGAGCACCUGCCCUGUCCGCCGCAUAUCUACUGGUCGAGUUGGGGUUCAUGGGAACGCUGCACCGCUCCUUGCGGGGGAGGGGUUCAGGCCCGACGCAGGACCUGUGAGAAUGGGAAUGAAUGUCCCGGUUGUAGUCUGGAGUACCAGUCCUGUAACGCUGUCUCCUGUCCAGAGAUGAAAAAGACAACUCCCUGGACACCCUGGACUCCAGUCAACAUCUCUGACAACGGGGGCCACUAUGAGCAGCGUUUCAGAUACACCUGCAAGGCCCGGCUGGCAGAUCCCAGCCUGUUGGAGGUGGGGCGACAGAGGAUCGAGAUGCGCUACUGUUCCAGUGACGGCACAACAGGGUGUUCCACAGAUGGAGAGCUCCUGCGCUCUGGCAGGUUUUCGGCACACACUGUGAAUGGCGACUGGUCCUCUUGGACUUCGUGGUCCCAGUGCAGUCGGGACUGCAACAAAGGGAUCCGCAGCCGCAAACGCCUCUGCAACAACCCGGAGCCCAAAUAUGGGGGGGUGCCAUGUCUCGGCCCCUCCCAGGAGUACCAAGAGUGUAACAUCACUCCUUGCCCAGUUGACGGUAGUUGGUCUUGCUGGUCGUCCUGGUCCAAGUGCUCUGUGACCUGUGGAGGCGGGCACUACUUGCGCACUCGCACCUGCUCUAAUCCACCACCUGCCUACGGAGGGGACAUCUGUCUGGGACUGCACACUGAAGAAGCUCUGUGCAACACACUGCCUUGCCCAGAGAGCUGGUCAGGCUGGUCUGAAUGGUCUGAGUGUGAUUCCUCUGGGCUGCAGGUUCGAGUUCGUCAUUGCGACAUCCUCUUCCCUACUGAAAACCAAUGUUAUGGAAACAGGACUGAGACUAAAACGUGCAUCUUUGAGUCCAACUUUAUAUCUGAAAUCUCUAUAGCACGAUCAAGCACGGAAGAGAGACGAUGUGGAGAGUUCAACUUGUUCCAUAUGAUUGCUGUGGGUUUAAGCAGUUCUUUACUGGGUUCUCUGAUCACUCUGCUCAUCUACACCUAUUGCCAGCGGUACCAGCGGCAGUCCCAUGAUGCUACUGUCAUUCACCCAAUAUCAGCAGCUCCCCUCAACACCAGCAUCACCAACCAUAUCAACAAACUGGACAAGUUUGAUUCUGUAGAAGCCAUUAAGGCCUUCAAUAAAAAUAAUCUCAUCCUGGAGGAGAGAAAUAAAUACUUUAACCCCCAUCUCAGUGGGAAGACUUACACAAACACCUACUUCACAGACCUCAAUACCUGCGAGGAAUACUAGCAAGUGCUGUGUGGUCCUCCAUAGCCGGUACGGCCUCUGUUGGCUCUGGAUAUUAGAUAACAGAACCCUUUUAAGAAUUCAUUAAAUGUGUCUUUUUGCUUUGUGCUUUGCAAAGAAACAAUCAAUACACUUCAUGGAACCUCCCAGCCAUGGAACAUCAUGUGUUGCCAUCCAAUGAUUUACCAAGAGCCAGAAACUGCAAAGCGACCAAGAACGAUGUACAGCACUUAACAAGAAAACUGGUGCCUACAAAAACUCCAAUCCAAUUUGAAACUGUAUUUCCCAAACAAAUGGAACAAAGAGGGGACAAAAUGUUUUGGUAGUAGGCAAAGAUGAGUGGUUUUACACUCCAUUUGGGUUCCUCUCAAUGCUAGUAGAUCAGCGGCUUUUAGAAGACACUUCAAGACUGUUUGUAUGAUGUUACUGGACACAUUAUCGGUUGCUUCAUUGAUUUGCAUAGUCAAUUGCAUUCCAAAGUCCUACACUCUGCGGUUUAUGGAACACACUGUCUGUACUGCUGUAGAAAACAGAACCUGUGCCAGGUGCUGUACCAAGGGAAACCCUCAGUAAAAACAGCAUGUAUUGUCUGUAUGUGGAAGUCAAAUCCUUUCGGCAGACAAUCAUGAAGAUGUAGAUAUUUAGUUCUGGCUGGAAAUAUGUGUUAAUGAUUCUCUAUGGGGGCCUUGUCGGUCAAGUUAUUUGGUGAUCUCAAAUUGCAAAUCUUUACAUAUGAUGCAUUUUGGGAAACCAGAGGCAUUGCGAAGUUGUAGUCUACCUGUAUCAUAAGUAAAAGAAUCAUGUAAAACAACAAACAAAUAAGAAUAAAUCAUCAAUAUAUUUGAAUCUUUGAAUCUGCACACUGACUGGAAGUUGAAUUGUUAUUUUUAUAGCCAAGCUAAAUUAUUUGACUGACAAAUUGGCUACACUAUUUAAUCAAAAAGUUUUUCAGUUCUUUAGCUUCCUCCAUAAGUUGACCUUGUGAAAAUAGUAUAGAAGUUUUUUUUUAUACAAGUUAUGAACUUUCAAAGUGUAAUGAAUAAAAUAUGAAAUGGAGAGCAUUGCUGCUAUCGAAAGGGGUUGCCAGAGACAAGCCCCUGUGCUGAAUAUAUUGCAGCUCUAUUUAAAACUAACUAUUUUACAAGUUCUCUUUAUGGCUUGCUUCUUUCGUUUUCUUCCUUCUUUUCAGAAGUCACUUAACCAAGAUUUCUAUUAACAAGCACAUUUGACCCUGAAUUUUAUCAAAUUAGUUGUGCACCAUUGGAAAAAAUACCUACAACUAGCUAAUUUCAUAUUCUGUUAAAUUUGAUUAAAAAGCCAACAAGUCUAAUACGUUUUCUUUAGUGAUAAAUUGCAAUGCUUAUGAAAAAAAGGAGAGAUGAAGGACACUGGGAGCCAAAGCCCUUUGUCUGCAGGAUAUUUCCAUGGACAGGCAUGGCAGUGUUUCUCACUCUGCCAGUAUGAGUCAAACCUCAACCUGAUAGGACCAUCUGCGUAAAAAGGUUAAUCAAGUCUCUGCAAUUAAUCAAUCCAGGCUUCAUGUGGACAAAGACUACUGACUGUGCUAAAUUUCGGGAUAAUUUUGUGAAGUAGUCUGAGACUAUGUUGACUCAUAUACUGUAUUAAUCAUUUACUAUAUAUAAAAUAAAAUGCAUUUUGUCCAACAACUGUAAGGAAAGGGCCAGUACAAUGGUCCUUUCAGUUAAUCCACUAUGCCAUUAAUGUCAUAUUCAGCUGUGUUUCUGUUAAAAGCUGCAUUAAACUUACUAUAUUUUGUUCAGUAGUGAUUCCAUAGUCAUAAACAUGUGGUGAAAUUAAAUGUUAUCUGUUUUGUAGCUGUCCGAUGUAUGAUCAUGUCUUUUACUCACUGCCCGACCGGAGUGCUGGUUUAUUAAUGCAGAAAUACUGUCCCAUCUCUGACUUGCAAUUCUUCAUGUGAAACAUUACAGUAAAACUUAACUAAUUUUAUACUUAGAAUUUUAGCUAAAAUGAUAAACUGGUUCUUGGCAACUCAAAGUGUGCAUACUCAAAAGUGUUCAUAUAUUGUAAUGGUAACAAACAGUUUAAAAAAGAAUGUACAAAUGUUGUCCUAUCAUAAUACCUAAAGAGCUAUGUAACAGGGUGAUGUUACAUAAGUGGGUCGUCACUGAACAACACUGAAUCAGACACAGAGCAGUGGGUGUUGACACGCCGCACAGGCGCACAGAUUUAAUAACACAGGUUGUCGCUAGGGUACUAGCAAUGGUACUCCUAGUGUCAGACUUAAUAAAGCAAACAAAACAAAACAAAGCUAAAAAUAAAAGUUUGCCACACAAGGCGAGCGCUAGCCUUAUUAAAAGAGACGGUCCAGGAACCUCCUACACUAUGAAACCCUCUCUAUACUGUUUGGGGUCAAACUUCCCCUAAACUAACCUACUGCUGUUGCUCCUGAAGUCCCGGCCUCCCAGCAACUCUGGGUGGUUGUUACAGUCCUGGCUGAGAUGAGCCUCACAUGCACUGUUUUCCAGUUGAACGGUUCCGUAGUAGUUAAUCCUGCAGAGUGGACACUCUCCUCCUUGAUGACAACAAAGUGCCCCUCUGUGUAUUAUUUUACACCAAGCUUUAAGUUUACAUGCUUUAAAAAAAAAUGGAACCAAUAGUGUAUUUUAAAAUACAGUGUAAACAUCGUAUUCAGGGAUACACAUUUUAACGUAAAUAAAAAUGACCUGUAGAGCUAGAGGCUUUGAUUGAGGUUAAACCUGUUUUUUCUGUAAUCCAUAAUGAUUUUGGCUCUUGUGAAUGAUGCCUGAUUAGCAGCACUGGCCUCUGUGUAUCACUGGGAGCGUCUUCCUCCUCUUCUUAAACAUACAGCUCUAGUGCUUCUCUUUUUGUGUGACUGAUUAAGUUUUUUUUUUUAGUUGCUUGCUUUCAUUAAGAAAAAUGUCAUCUACUUUAAUCUUACUACCUGGCUGGGCCAUAAAGCACAAAAUCUGAUCAGCAUUAACAGCAAAAACCAACAGUGACAUUACAAGGCAUUAAGGACAGUUUAGGUGGUAAUUGAUUGUUGUUUUAUAUCUUUAAUGUUUAAUUUGGUUCACUAUUCUUUUUUUUUAAUAUACCCUCCUCCAUCAACACCUUCAAAAUGACAAUUCUGUGGUACCCUUAAGCAAGCAUAUAUCACAUCAGAACACUGACAUACUUCAAUAAGAGCCAGAUCAAUGCUAGUUAAUACUAGUAAAUUAUAAAAUUAAGAUGUUACUGUGAUGUGCCAAAAUACUAAAGCUGACAGGAUGGGAAGAGGAUGAGAGUUUGCAUGUAAAAAAAUAAAAUAGGAAAAUAGGCACUUUGUUUUCUUUUUGGCGUUAACUCCCAUAUAGACAUAUACAAAUGCAUAAAGUGAAGCUGGAGGUUAGAGUUAGAGUUGGACAAGAAAACAAAAUAAAAGUAAAUCCGCUGAUGGAAGUUAACCACAAGGAUGAUACUGUCACUUGCUUUGUGAUGAAAGUUUCUGCUCCAUGUUAUAAACAAAGACGGCUUUUGCAGUUUAAAAUGUAAUAUUCUUAGUUCAGAAAAUAUUUAAAAAAAAAAAAAAACAUGUUAAAAAAAGAUGAAUAUAAUGGGUCUAAGAUUUAUGACGAACAAUUAAGUUCUGGGCACUAUAAUUCAUUUUUAGGCAAUUUAGUGUUAGAUAUGUAUACUGUAAUCCAGCCUAAAAGGAUAUAAUACCACAGCACAGUAUAUUUGAUUUAAGAAACAAGAUUUUACCCUUAAAUCACUAAAGUUAAGAUGAACAAGGGUUUUGCCAAGGGGGGGGGAUGGGGGACGGGAUGGGACUACUUUAAUAUUAGGAGUUUUCAAAUAGCCAUUUGAAUUUCUUUAUUAUUUUUAUUAUUAUUAAAGUAAUGUUUGAGGCCAUUUGUCUGACAAAUAAGCAUACCAUAAAUUAUGUUUUAAGAAGUAAAUUGCAAGAAUAUAUUUUUAAAGUGUUCUUAUCUACUUUGAUUUGUCCUUUUACUCCUCUUGUAGCAGCAUGGGGAAACCCAGAGCAGAUUGUUACCUUGAGGUAAGUUGAUCACACAAAGUAUUUUUCUUUACCCCUCUGCUUUUAGCACACCAGAGGAACAUGUUUUAGGAGAGGAACACAUUUUACUUUUAAUGAAACUGCUCAAUCACAAUGCACAGAAUUCAUGUUGUGAGAAUUACAUUUUAGGCAAGGUAAAUUCCUUAAUGUAUUUUUUAUUUAUUUUUUUUGUGGGGAAAAAUGCCCACAUUUUUGCGCUCAAACUAAGAGCCCUACAUUAUCUUCCAAGCAGGCUGCAAAGCAGCUGAAGAUCCAAUAGUCUUUUUACCUCUCUGCUCAAUUCUGUUCUGCUCAUUUCCUGCUUUGCGGCACAAUUAAAAUCCUCUGGUCUCCACCCCUUCAUUUCAACAAUGGAACACCAAUGGCGUUCAGUACUUAAAACUCGUACUGUAUGUGCUAACUGGGCGACAAGCCCAAACACAACUCAUAGAACAAGCUCGGACACAGGGACCAAUCCACCAAGUAGCCAGCACAAUCAUGCAAGUCCAUGAACCACUCCCAGCUGACCAGGGUUUCUUCUGUAGACAAAGAGAGAAACUAGCUGAAAUUAAAAUCAGUGGCGAAGUUCCAUGGGGUACCGCCCUG